AUACCGUAAUCUCCUAUCAAAAAAUGGCUUUCCUCCAAUGGAUCCAGAACUAUGCACUGCUUGGGAUAUUUUCAGGCCACUUGGGCAACGGCUCCUGCUCUGUUUUUCUGUGUUAAGACAUUUGGUGACUGACAGAAGUCCCACGCCUUCCUGGAUGAUUGUAGUGUGUCAGUCAGAAAGUAUCCUCAAAACCGGAUGCUGGGAUUUCGAAAAUUUGUUGAUGGAAAGAUAGGACCAUACGUCUGGAAGACAUACAAGGAAGUUUACGAUGAAGUUCUUCAUAUUGGCUCUGCUUUGCGAGCAUCAGGGGCUGAACCCGGCUCUCGAGUUGGAGUUUACGGAUCUAAUUGCCCACAAUGGGUUGUGGCAAUGGAGGCUUGUUGCGCCCACAGUUUGGUUUGUGUGCCUCUCUACGACACACUUGGUUCUGGCGCUGUAAACUUUAUUAUAGAUCAUGCAGAAGUAGAUUUUGUUUUUGUCCAAGAUAAGAAGCUUAAAGAACUUUUGAACCCUGACUGCAAAUCGACUCAGCAACUGAAAGCCAUGGUGUGCUUCACUUCAUUGACAAAUGAAGAGAAAGACAAGGCAGCGUCCAUUGAAAUUAAGCCAUAUUCAUGGGCCGAGUUCUUGGACAUGGGAAAGGAAAACCCAUCGAGCAUUUCAGAACCUCAAGCUCAAAGCAUCUGCACAAUAAUGUACACAAGUGGGACCAGUGGAGACCCUAAGGGUGUUGUUCUAACACAUGAAAACAUAACGUCUUUUGUAAGAGGAAUGGAUCUUUUCUUGGAACAAUUUGAAGAAAAGAUGACUGAGGAAGAUGUGUAUUUAUCAUUCCUCCCCUUGGCUCAUUCCCUUGAUCGAACAAUUGAGGAAUACUUUUUCCAUAAGGGUGCUUCUGUUGGCUACUACCAUGGGGAUCUGAAGGCAUUGAGGGAUGAUUUAAUGGAGUUGAAGCCCACGCUCUUUGCUGGGGUCCCACGAGUUUUUGAAAAAGUCCACGAAGGUAUCAAGAAAGCAGUUGAAGAACUGAAUCCAGUGAGGAGAAGAGUUUUUGACUUGCUUUACAGAUACAAACUUUAUUGGAUGAACAAAGGGUACAAGCAGAAAAAUGCAUCACCUUUAGCAGAUCUAUUAGCCUUCAGGAAGGUCAAUGCUCGUCUAGGUGGGCGUAUUCGACUAAUAUUAUCAGGAGGUGCACCCUUGAGCUCUGAGGUGGAAGAAUUCUUGCGUGUUACUUCUUGUGCCUUCGUAUGUCAAGGCUAUGGGCACAUUAUAAUUUUGCAACUCAAUGUAACCCUGAUGGUGGUCAAUCCAGGAUUAACUGAAACGUGUGGAUCAGCUACUCUUUGCUAUAUUGAUGAAAUGUGCAUGAUGGGCACAGCUGGUGUCGUGAAUGUGUACAGCGAAUUGAGGUUGGAGGAAGUUCCAGAGAUGGGCUAUAGUCCUCUUGGAAGUCCUUCAUGUGGCGAAAUAUGUGUGAGAGGCAAAUCUGUUUUUGCAGGCUACCACAAAAAUCCCGAGUUGACUAGAGAAGCCUCUAAAGAUGGGUGGUUUCACACAGGGGACAUAGGAGAAAUGCUUCCUAACGGUGUCAUCAAGGUUAUUGACAGGAAGAAGAAUCUAAUAAAACUCUCUCAAGGAGAGUAUAUUGCACUUGAGUAUCUGGAAAAUGUUUAUGGAAUCACUCCCAUUGUUGAAGAUAUCUGGGUUUAUGGAAAUAGCUUCAAGUCAGCUUUGGUGGCGGUAGUGGUUCCAAAUGAAGAAAUUACAAAAAAGUGGGCAUAUUCAAAAGGUCACAUGGCUUCUUUUUCUGAACUCUGUUCCCUUGACCAGUUGAAGAAAUACGUGCUGUCCGAGCUCAAAUCUAUUGCUGAGAGAAACAAGCUGAAAGGAUUUGAACAUAUCAAAGGAGUAAUAUUAGAGCCGCGUCCAUUUGACGUGGAAAGAGACUUGGUGACAGCAACAAUGAAAAAGAGAAGAAAUAAUUUGCUUAAGUAUUACCAGGUGGAAAUAGAUGAAGCGUACCGAAGUUUGACGGGAGAUAAGCAUAAUUAAAUACUGAGGCGUCAGUUCAAAGAUAUCAGUUUGUUCCUGUUACGUAU